AUGGAUUCCGCCAAAGCCCCCGUUAAGCUUGUGAAGGUCACUCGUGUCCUCGGCCGCACCGGCUCUCGCGGUGGUGUGACCCAGGUGCGCGUCGAGUUCAUGGAUGACCAGACCCGUUCUAUCAUUCGCAACGUCAAGGGACCCGUCCGUGUCGAUGAUAUCCUCUGCCUGCUCGAAUCUGAGCGCGAAGCUAGACGUCUGAGAUAA